AUAAAAUACCCUACCAUCUAACACUACACUCAAAUACCACCACCAUACUCCACAAUUUAAAUCUAUUUAGUCCUACCUCAGGCCAACAACCUGAAAGGAUGGGACACCACUUAACACACCCUGUAACUCUGAUGUCAAGUCUUGCACACCCGAAUACCUCUCUGCAGCUGCCACCACUACCUCAAUUUUCUGUGACUUACGUUCCAUCCCUGCAGUACAGUUGAUAACCAUUGGAUUUGUAGCAUUUUAUAGCAAUCUUACUGAAACAUCACUUGCUGGCCUAUCCCUCUGUACUGGUACAGAUCUACUACUCACACCACUCCACUCAGGAUCCCUCCCCUUGACCCAUCUUCCACACUGCCUCAGCAUAUGAUAACUUCUGCACGACUCUAACCCUGGAAACCUCAACCUGCCUCUCACAUGGGACAUUUCUAAUCCCCAGCCCCAUAGACGCCACUAGAAUGAACACAUACCGCUACUUUCCACAAUACUACACAUUCCUUUGUCACAUGCCCUUCUGCACACUUCACACCUAGGAACCUUCCUCCUACACACUGCUGCCACAUGAGCUUGACACCUGUAAUAAAGUAAUGCAUUCGGCCCAAAAGCUCGUACAGGAUAAUGUAUCCUGACAUCCCUGUCGGGCAAAGACAGCAUCAAAACUCAAAAGAACAGACAAUGACUUCUGUUUCACCACUCCCGCCACCCUGUCUGCGUCACACCAAACGACAACCUUCACAAAAACUGGGAAUCUUCCCCUUCAGUUGGUCAACUUUUACAUUUACUGCUACCCCAGUAAAUCACUCCUUUCAAUGGCACCCCUUCAUUGAGAGCAAAACAAUUCACAUUUCUUGCCUCCAUUCACUUAAUGUGGAGAGCCUUCUCCCUCUGACCAGCAGAAACACAAACAAUUAUCACAGACCACUUAUGGUUACCCUUACCGAUUCCACAGCACCAAACUGUUUUCACCCACCCUGAAACCACAAAUGGAUCACCCAUAAAGCAAGGGUCCAUUUUUAACAAACAUGUCACUCCUACAAUCACAGACUCAUCUUUAAUCUGACCCUAGGCCCUGAGAACUUCACCACACCUACCACCUCCGAUGCUUCGACCUCAUUAACUUCCCUUUCUCCUCCUGUCUUAAGAUGGCUCUGCUUGCACUUUCUAACAUUCUUAUUUAACAAACCAUCUCCCUUUUCCCGUCAUGUUUAACCGACUCAAGCUCAUCCUCUUCCGUCCUCCCUCCCUAUCUCCCUCUUUUAGACCUCCUCUGCCCUCCAUCCCUCCUCCGCAUUCAAAGUAUUCGUCUCCUUAUGAUAAUACUGCACUUCUCCUGACAUACAUAUUGUUCUUCCCUUAUAGCAAAUGCCUCACAUUCCUAUUCCCUUAAACUAGCGCUGGGAACAUGUGACAGUGGAAUGGUGACGUCAAUAUUCAGCGACGCUCUACGGUUUGUGUACAAUUUCAAGCUUGAUGGGAGGGUUACGUUUAGGACAACUGCAUCAAAUGUGCCUUUGUUUUGUCUUAUAAUCGUGGGGUGAGUAAAAUAAGAUUUUAUCCCACUAAGUGUAUUGACGUUUUCGAGAUUAAAGCUAGCUAACUUGAAGCGCAGUGCUAUAUCAGCAUCACCAGUAAUAUAUGCGGAAUGCGCAACCAUUGCGGAUGUGGUGCAGAAAAAAAUGCGCAUCGCUGCGACAAAAAUACAAUUAUAAAGAAUUCCCUGGAUCCUCUAUUUACUCAAGUGUUUCUGCACUUUUGCAUAUCUCUGUUGAUGGGUACUUUCAUAUAGUUGUUUUUGCACUAAUAUAAAGGAAUUUAAAUUCUAGUUUUCAGAGAGAGUGCAUGUCUCUCUUUGCCAUAUUUUGCAGUUGAUGAACGUCUGCUCCAGGACUUUAGCUGUAGGCUACCUGGUAUGAAUGAAUAAUAUCGUAUGCAAACGAAUGCACAUUAUAGUGAAUGUUGAUCUCAGUGCGUCCCUGCACAUGAUGCUCUCCUAGCGCCCCUAUUUUUUUAUGUGUCACUUAGUCGUAUCCUGUGAACAUAUGCCUUAUGCUGCCCUCACUGAAAGAGUAGUUAGUUGUCAGGUAGAUAUUGCUCACGUCCCCAACAAUGGUGUGGUACGGCCAGCCAUCUGUCGCUGUGUGAAUGGAACUGUCAGUUGGUCCGUCUGUAAACCAGGCCUGACUCAUGACUGAGUACUACGAGGAGGGGGGUUUGCUGUACGAGCACUCGCCUCCCAUGCACAUCAAAGUGGAGUCUCCGGAGGGACCCUUCGGAGGAGGCGUCUCAGAGGACGGCUUUCCCAGGGAGGAUGAGGACUCGGAAGGCAGCUGUGACCAAAGCAGCGGGCUUCCUGGUGGACUCCCCUUCAACGUGGUGGUGGUGCAUCCUAACAUCAUGACCCCUGGCAUGUCCUCAGAUGACCUCCUAUCCAUGGAACAGCACAGAGGUUUGUCCUCUGUGUUGACAGCAGGGGGUGCAGGAAAGAGGAAGAGUCGUUUUAGCGGUGCAGAGCUGGAGGUGCUGGUUUCUGAGGUGACGCGGUGUGAGGGAGAGCUUUUUGGUCCUGCUGGGAGGCUCCGGCGCAGGGAGAGAGAGAGGAUCUGGGCAGGGAUCCUGGAGCGGGUCAACGCUGUGUCCAGAGUCCCUCGCACCCUCCGCGAGGUCAAGAAGCGCUGGGACGACCUGAAGAGACGCAAUGGAGGCAGGCUGGCAGACGCUAGGCACCGCACUUGUUACCUGCCAUCCAACAGAGGGGCUUCCAUGCUGGGACGGUCAGCUCAGGCAAGCCCCAGGCUUCACCAGGCCAGACAGAAGCAAAGCACCAGAGGGAAGGCCAGUUCCACAUGCUUCACUGAUACAGAACCAGUGGGUGGAGGUGAAGGGUUGGAGAGGGAUGGCUUUGAGAAGGAUGAGGAUAGUGGUGAGCGGGAAGGGGAGGUGGGAGAGGCGGAAUGCGAGGGGGCAGAGAGCAGUAUGGAGGAAAAGCUGGGUUUAGGACUGGGACUGGGGAUAGGACCUCCCCCUAACUCGGAACGCUGGCUGCCUCCCUCUCCCCUCUACAGCGCCCCUUUCCUCAAUGGGACCCCUCAGCCUAGUCCCCAGCCAUCACUAGGGGCCCAGCAGGGACCAUUGGAGGCCCCUCCUCGCGGCUUAUGGCUGGAGGACGAGCUCCGCGGCGUGGGGGAGGCAGCUCUGCAGCUGGGGGAUCGGGUGGAGCAGAGUCUUCGGGAGUUUGGGGAGGGAUUCAGACGUGAUAUGAGAACAUUAGUAGCCUCUCAAGAGGCACUGGCAACUAGCCUACAGCAAAACAAUGUUCUCCUGCAAAGGUUGCUGGGAGUCCUAGAGGUACAGCAGCAGCAACAACCACCACAGCAGCAGCCACAUCAUUCCCAAAAACAACAGCCACAACAGUCAAUAAUGCAGCAACCACAACAGUUACAGCAGCAGCAACCACAGCCUCAACAACCAAUUCGGCAGCAGCCGCAGCAGCAACAACAGAUACAGCAACCCCAACUGGUGCAGCAACAACAACAGAUACAACCACAACAGCAACAACUGUUACUACAGCAACCCCAACUGGUGCAGCAACAACAACAGAUACAACUGCUACCACAGCAACCACAGCAGCACCCCCAGAGUCCAAGUAAUCAACCAACUUUAGCAGUUGCCACUGUACCACCACCCCCAGAUAUUCUUGAUGGUACCACCCAUCCAGAUCCACCCGCAGUCAUUAAUGGAACCGUCCAACGGCCAAGGCGGGGGAGAAUUGUUGACCAUAGACGAAGAAGAAGGCGUUAGAUAAAGAUGAAAAUAAGCUUUAAUGUACUUUAUUUAUUUUCUCUAAUACAAGCUGAUUUGAAAUAAUUGUGUCCCUUUAAUUUCAACCAAAGUCGAAAAAGUUGUUUCUUUAGCACAUUUGUUAUGUAGAGUGUUGGAAGUAUUCAGACCCCUUGACUUUUUCCACAUUUUGUUACGUUACAGCCUUAUUCUAAAAUGUAUUCGAUUACUGUUGUUCCUCAUCAAUCUACACACAAUACCCCAUAAUGACAAAGCAAAAACAGGUUUUUAGAAAUGUUUGCAUUUUUUUUUUUAAAUGAACUGAAAUAACUUAUUUACAUAAAUAUUCAGACCCUUUGCUAUGAGACUGAAAUUGAUAUCAGGUGCAUCCUUUUUCCAUUGAUCAUCCUUGAGAUGUUUCUACAACUUGAUUUGAGGCCACUGUGGUAAAUUAAGGUCCCACAGUUGACAGUGCAUGUCAGAGCAAAAACCAAGCCAUGAGGUCAAAGGAAUUGUCUGUAGAGCUCCGAGACAGAUCUGGGGAAGGGUACCAAAAUAUUUAUGCAGCAUUGAAGGUCCCUAAGAACACAGUGGCCUCUAUCAUUCUUAAGUGGAAGAAGUUUGGAACCACCAAAAUCUUCCUAGAGCUGGCCUCCCGGCUAAACUGAGCAAUAGGAGAAGGGCCUUGGUCAUGGAGGUGACCAAGAACCCGAUGGUCACUCUGAUAGAGUUCCUCUGUGGAGAUGGGAGAACCUUCCAGAAGGACAACCAUCUCUGCAGCCCUCUACCAAUCAGGCGUUUAUGGUAGAGUGACCAGAUGGAAGCCAUUCCUCAGUAAAAGGCACAUAACGGCCUGCUUGGAGUUUGCCAAAAGGCACCUGAAAGGACUCUGACCACGAGAAACAAGAUUCUCUGGUCUGAUGAAACCAAGAUUGAGCUCUUUGGUAUGAAUGCCGAGCGUCACGUCUGGAGGAAACCUGGCACCAUCCCUACGGUGAAGCAUGGUGGUGGCUGCAUCAUGCUGUUGGGAUGUUUUUCAGUGGCAGGGAGACUAGUCAGGAUCGAGGGAAAGAUGAACAGAUCAAAGUACAGAGAAAUCCUUGAUGAAAACCUGCUCCAGAGUGCUCUGGACCUCCGAUUGGGGUGAAGGUUUACCUUUCAAAGGGACAAUAACUCUAAGCACUCAGCCAAAACAAUGCAGGAGUGGCUUCGGGACAAGUCUCUGAAUGUCCUUGAGUGGCCCAGCCAGAGCCCAGAAUUGAACCUGAUCGAACAUCUCUGGAGAGACCUGAAAAUAGCUGUGCAGUGAUGCUCCCCAUCCAAUGGGAGAAGCUCCCCAAAUAUAAGUGUGCCAAGCUUGUAGCGUCAUACCCAAAAAUACGUGAGGCUGUAAUUGCGACCAAUGGUAUUUCAACAAAGUAAGUUGAGUGUGCUCUGUACUGAGUAAAGUGUCUGAAUACUUAUGUAAGUGUGAUAUUUCUGUAUUUUAUUUUUAAUACUUUUGCAAACAUUUCUAAAAAAAUAAUAUUUUUUUGCUUUGUCAUUAUGGGGUAUUGUGUGUAGAUUGAUGGAAGAAAAAAACGAUUUCAUACAUUUUAGAAUACGGCUGUAACGAAACAAAAAUGUGCAAAAAGUCAAGGGGUCUGAAUACUUUCCGAAUGCACUGUAUAUAUUAUUCAAACUAAACACAGUAGGCUAAUUGAAGGUUCAGCCCUCAUCCACAUAUAUUAGCAUAAUGUAUUGGUUGGAAGUUGCUUCAAUAGAACCAAGACAUUUCUGUUUUGCCCAAAUCUUGUAGAUAGACAAUCAGCAUUUCAUUUACAGAAAGCACUUUGGAGUCUGCAGCAAUCUAUCAUUAGAGCAUAUUAGUAAAUUACCAUUGCAAUGUAAUAUACCAAUGCUCGUCCAGUUGUAUGAUACAUAUUAAACAUGCAUUGUGUGACAGGCUGGACAUACACAUGCAAAUCUUAGAAAAAAGUAUUAUACAAUGUGUAUUUAACAUGAUGACGUGAUGAUAAAUCAUUAUAUUUGGACUAUACUGUUUAAGAUAUGGAAAUGUUUCCCUACAUAGCUCUGAAAUGAAAAUCUGCAUCAGUAUGUAUUUUGCUUCAGAUUUUCAUUAUUUGUUUCUCGUGAUGUUAUCAAUUUAUUAAGCAUUAUCUACAAGUAUGAUGUUAUCUUGCAUGCAGUUUCUGAUUAUGUAGACAAUAAAAUGCAAGGGAUCUGUAAACAAAUUAAGCAUUUGUGUACCAUUUUGCACAAUUUAUACACCUAAAUAUAGUUGAAGGGUCUGACUCUGUUCUGAGACAUGUAUUGACUAAAGAUUAAUAAAGGCAACCCUGAACUAUA